AUGACACUCUACAAGGAAGUCUUCAAGAAUAUAAGUACAGAAGCUUUCUUAACAGAAAGAAAAAGAAGAAAAUUGGCUGAUAUUUAUUUCAACACAUUGAAUUCAUCAGCAAUUUUCACUUCUUCUGGCGGUUAUUUCGCUUCCGUUGCAAGUUCCAAUCCUAACUCAUUAGUCAUUGAUAUUGGAGCAAGCUCAGGCACAGUACAAGCUGUUCUUGAUGGUGUUACAUGCAAGAACUCUGUGAAAAGAAUGAAAUUCGGAGGCGGCCAAAUUUCCUUAAAUUUGAUGAAACAAAUUUUUGGAGAUUCGCCAACACGAGCAUCUACAUAUGCUAUAGAAGGUAUCAAGAGGAAGUACUGCUAUGUUUCAACCAAUUUCGAUGAAGAAAUCAAAACUUUUUCACAAAGUGAUAUUAUUGAUGUUGGAGAUGCCGGAAAAGUAUUUAUCACAAGUGAAAGAAUUAAGGCCCCUGAAGUUUUAUUUAAUCCGAAAUUAAUUGGCUCGGACGAUGAGUCAAUUAUCCAAACAAUCAAAAGUUCUUUGAAUUCACUUUCUGAAGACGAUCGAAAUAAGGUUCUCCAAAAUGUUGUUUUGAGUGGAGGAACGACAAACAUGCCAGGAUUCAAGGAACGAUUGGAAAAGGAGCUCAAAGAAUAUCGCAAUAUUAGAUUUUAUGGUUCAGCAGAUAAUGAAUUUGCUGCUUUCCGCGGAUGCGUAACUCUAGCAAUGAAAGAUGAGUUUCCAUGGUUAUGCGUCACAAAGCAGGAAUACGAAGAAUUUGGAGAUAACAUUCUAUCAAGAUUUGAAAUUUAA